CAUCAACUGCCAAGGAUCAACGAGUACAAAUACAAAUCCAUCUGAUGCUACUGUUAGUGUGACUUAUAUCAAAUUCACAUGGCUUUUUCUGUGUUAUUUUUUGACAGAAAUUUAUGUGUCAGUUCACAUAAUUGCAUCAGGUACAGAUUGAGGACAAUGUUCUCUAGCCAACCUUAUGUACCAAAUGUUAGCAAAAAUACAAAAGAAAAAAGAAAAUCUUGUCAAGUGUAAUUCUUCUUUUCUUUUCUUUCUUUUUUAUUUAUUUUUUAUUUUUUAUAAUGAAUAGAAUUCAACACGUUUCCACUUUCUUCUCAUGUAUUAUAAGCAUAACCCCACUAAGCAAUAGUGACCAAUUUUUGUUUUUUUGAUCAAGCUCCCAAUGGCUACUCUCAAUUAUCUUAGUUCUUGCUACUACAAGAACAAUCACUCCAAUAGUAUUGUUGACCUUAAAUCAGAAAGGUCUGUUUGGAGAAGCUCUAUUGUGAGAUGUGAAGGUAGUUAUAGUGAUAAUAAUAAUAAUAAUAAUAAUAGUAAUAAUCAAGAUUUUUGUAGACAGAGGCUUAGGAUUUUGAUUGCUGGUGGUGGUAUAGGGGGAUUGGUUUUGGCUUUGGCAGCAAAAAAGAGAGGAUUUGAUGUGAAGAUAUUUGAGAAAGAUUUGAGUUCAGUAAGAGGGGAAGGCAUGCACAGGGGUCCAAUACAACUUUUGAGUAGCGCUUUGGCUGUUCUUAAAGCUGUUGAUGAAAAUGUUGCAAAUCAAAUACUUGAAACUGGUUGUGUCACCGGUGACAGAAUCAAUGGCCUUGCUGAUGGUGUUUCAGGUGAAUGGUUUACGAAAUUUGAUCUUUCGACUCCUGCUUUAAAAAGGGGGCUGCCAGUCACUAGAGUAAUCUGCAGAAUGGCAUUGCAAGACAUAUUACUAAAUGCAGUGGGUUUUGACAUAGUAAGAAACAAAUCUAAAGUUGUAGACUUCAUGGAAGACUCUAGCAAGGUCACAGUAAUUCUGGAGGAUGGACAGAAAUAUGAUGGUGAUGUUUUAGUUGGAGCAGAUGGAAUAUGGUCGAAAGUACGAUCUAAAUUAUUUGGGCAAGAAGACGCGAAGUACUCAGACUAUACAUGCUAUAGUGGGCUAACAGACUUUGUUCCAAUAUAUAUUGACACUGUUGGGUAUCGGGUGUUUUUAGGAUUGAACCAGUACUUUGUUGCUUCAGAUGUUGGAAACGGGAAGAUGCAAUGGUAUGCUUUCCAUAGGCAGCCCCCUAAUAAUUCUGUUCCCCCAGCAGGUAAGAGGCAGUGGCUGCUAGAAUUGUUCAGAGAUUGGUGCACCGAAGUGACCACAUUAAUAUCAGAAACACCAGAAGAUAUGAUUCUACAGAGGGACAUCUAUGACAGGGACGUGAUCUAUCCCUGGGGAAUUGGACGUGUGACUCUGCUAGGUGAUGCCGCUCAUCCAAUGCAGCCAAACUUGGGGCAAGGGGGUUGUAUGGCAAUUGAGGAUUGUUACCAACUUAUACUUGAGCUUGACAAGUUCAAUAAAAGUGGCUUAGAUGUUCAACAAUCUGAGGAGAUAUUCUCUGUGCUUAGAAGAUAUGAGAAGAAAAGAAUAUUCCGUGUUAGUAUGGUGCAUGCUGCUAGUAGAAUGGCAUCAAAAGUGCUUACUACUUACCAACCUUACAUACAUUUUCAAUCCGGUCCCAUGUCUCUGUUAUUUAUCUUGCAGCAUCUAUCAAGUAGAAGGAUAACAAAACCAUCAGUUCAUGUGGCACGCUUACUUUUGCAAAUUUUCUUACCACAAUUCAUGACCUGGAUGAUAGCUGCUCAUGGGUUAUGGUGAAAGAACAAAAGAGUUAUUUGACAAGAUAAUACAAGUUCAAGUGUUUCACAUAUGGUUAUGAAAAUUGGUCAAGCUGUAACCUGGAUAUUCUUUCCUGGUGAUGGUAGUACAAGUGAACUAAGAUCACCCGUCUAUUGCAUGCUGUAUCUUCUUUGAGUUCAUUACUAAACUGUAAAGGAACAAAUAGUCUCUUUCUAAGUUCCUUAUUAAAUUCCAGUGGGAAGACACGCACGCCCACGCAAGUGUGAAACACACCAGAAAAAUUCUGUUGUAUGCUAUACUGCUGCUGCAAGGGCUUGAUAUUUAUCAAUAGACAAAUGUCAGUUUUAAACAGCCUACUCAGGAUUUAUGAA